GCAACACUAAGUCGUGAGUCGUGACACGGAUCGAUCGCCGACGAUCGCUGGACGACGCGUCCGACGCGCCAUGUUGUUCCACGAGAAGCUGGACAUCAAGCUGAUCCGGCUGGUGAGAGAGAAUCCCGUGCUCUACGACCACAACAAUGUUAAAUACAUGGACUUCAACGCCAGGGAGGUCGCCUGGCAGAAGAUAGGCGACGAGCUCAAGAGAUCCGCCGCCGACUGUAAGGUGAGGUGGAUUAAUAUAAGAGAUGUGUACAGGAGAAUUUUAAGGAAAAAUCUGGAACCGACCGGAUUGAGGCCGAAAAUGUAUAAAUAUGAAAAUGAGGUAUCGUUUUUAAGACCGUUCUUCAAGGAUGUGUCGAUACAGAACGAGGAGUACGACACGGAUGAGAGAAGUAACGACCAAGGAAACGACGAUUGCGGCGACGAACCGCCCAUGGACAGCGACAACUCCGAGGGGCCCAUACACAAAGCGAAAAUAAAGAGAUCCUGUAAAUCUAGUUCCAAGAAGAAGAAGAAGAAGAAAACGUUUGAGGAAGUGGAUCCGAUGUCCGCUGCAACCUUCGCUGAUGGCGCUCCUCCAUCAGAAUUCGAUGCCUCCGACCCUGUCGACGCGUUUUUGUUGAGCAUCGGCGCCACUUUGAAGACAUUCUCGCCAUAUCAUUUAAAUCUCGCCAAAAGCAAGAUCUUCUCAGUGGUCCAAGAACACGACCUUCAGCAAAUAGUGCAAAAACAACAGCACAAUGACGUGUCACCGCACGAUAUUAAGAUUUCCGCGUCGGAAGCGAUUUACAUGCAGUAAUAUUCAUUUAACUUAUUUAAACCUGUAUUAUGAACUUGUAACGUUAUUGUUUUUUAGUUUUAUUAUUAGGUUAUUAUCCUUAAGUACUGUUAUUUAUCUAUAGUAAAAAAAUAAAUCAUAAACAAUAAAUUA